AUGGAUGUGAGACGGAACGCUUUGAGGAUAUCUGGGACUCGGACAGCGAGAGCUGAAGCUGGCAAUGAUCCUUUCACUUCUCAGAAACGUGUUCAAGUCAGGCCUACUGCAUUCUUGUCUCGGCUUUUUCGUUCGUCUCGAUUGUCAAUACGUCACCGAGUUGGGCUAACAGCAAUCUCUUUUCUUUCUGCUUUAUACUCCUUUCGCAACUCUCAUCCUCUUGAUCGCAAAUUCUUUUCACGCAAAUCUCCAUCACAGGUUCUUGAUCGAGUAUUGGCAAAUAAGACAUUCAUUGCUGGAAAUGCAAUCAGUUUGGCCGACCUUGGUUUAUUUUCAUCAUUGUAUGAUCAAGUUUCCAAACUUCCUGCAGCAGAACAAUAUGCACAUUUGAAUGUGACCCGAUACGUUUCGCAUAUCUCACAUGUAGCAUCUCAAUUACCACACGAUAAUGCAAGUCAAUAUGCUGCUUUUGAUCCUACGUUCGAAGGACAACCUACGAUCGAACGUAAAGAUGUUGCAGCCGAAAAGCAAAAAGCAAAAGAACAAAAGCAAGCCGCUCAAACGGCAAAAGAGCAUAGCGCAAAUGCCGAAAAAGAAGGUAAAGCAGAAAAAGGUGGUUUGGCAGCCGUUGCUGCAGCUCCCGGGGCAAAGAAGGAAAAGAAACCAAAGGGAGAAGCAGCUGGUGGUGGAAAGAAAAAGAAUGAACCAGCUGCUCCUACUAUCCCGAUACCAUCUCAAGUUGAUUUGAGAGUAGGAAAGAUUGUCAAAGUCGAACGUCAUCCUGAUGCGGAUUCUUUGUAUUUGGAACAGGUCGAUUUCGGAGAGCCAGAAGGACCACGAACGAUUUUAUCCGGUUUGGUGAAUUACGUUCCUAUCGAAAAGAUGCAAGAUAGAUGGGUUGUUGGUGUUUGCAAUCUCAAACCAGCUUCUAUGCGUGGAAUCAAGAGUUAUGGAAUGUUAUUAUGUGCAUCACAAAAGGAUGCGAAAGAUGCUGGAGUAGAACCAGUUCAUCCUCCUGAGGGAAGUGCUGUUGGAGAUUGUGUUUACGUAGAAGGCUAUGAAGGCUUAGAGCCUGAAACACAGCUCAACCCUAAGAAGAAGAUCUUUGAGACCAUUCAACCAAAUUACACUACCACAGAAGGCUUUGAAUGUGCAUGGGUAGGAGCAGGACCACAAGAUCAAGAAAGCGGAGAGAAGACCAAUCGCUUGAUUCGCACAGCCAAGGGUGUCAUUACUGCACCUGGAUUCGCAGGCGCUCAAUUGAGCUGA